GGGGGUGGAGUCUAAUAUGCGGAAGCGGCCCCCCGAGUCUCGACUUGCUACAGAAUGGACACACUAAUGUGACUUUUUAAAGAAGAAGACUUACACUCCGACUCUCGGGACGAUCUCAGCUGCGGACAAUGUCUGACUCCAUUAAGAAUGUGGCCAUUUUUGGAGCGACGGGAAUGACCGGCCAGGCCACCGUGCCCCUCGCGGCGGCUGCAGGCUAUGACGUAACAGUGCUGGUCCGGGACCCCGCCAGGCUGCCCGCCGACCACAAGGCGUCCAGGGUGGUGGUGGGGGACGUCCUUAAUAUGGAGGACGUGAAGAAGACCAUGGAGGGCCAGGACGCCGUCAUCAUCGUGCUGGGCACCAGGAACGACCUGAGUCCGACCACCAUGAUGUCUGACGGCACCAAAAACAUAGUGGAGGCCAUGAAGGCUCGUGGCGUCCGCAAAGUGGUCGGCUGCAUGUCGGCCUUCCUGCUGUGGGAUCGCGCCAAAGUCCCGCCCCGUCUGCUUGCCGUCACGGAAGACCACGACAGGAUGUACAAAGUCCUGAAGUCGUCCGGUCUGGACUACGUGGCCGUCAUGCCGCCUCACAUCGCCGGCGAUCUUCCUCUGACGGAGAAAUACUCGGUGACAGAGAACAUGCUGAAAGGACGAGCCAUCUCCAAACACGACCUGGGACAUUUCUUCGUCAAGUGUCUGUCCACCAGCGAGUGGGACAGCAAGACCGUGGGCGUGUGGGGGGACUCCAUGUAGUGCCGCGAGUUGCUCGGCUUCCUCUCACAAAUUAUACAUCACAAUAACGCUUUUGUUCACUAUAAUUCUGAUCAAGACAACAUUGUAUUGGGACACAUUUCAAAUAGGUACCAAAGCUUUUAACCAAACAAUGUUUUGUUUUGUGAUUUAAAAAAGAAUAUAUAAUACUAAUAUUAUAAAAAAUG